AUGGAAGGGAAAGCCACGGCCAUCAUAGACCCAAUACUGGCUAGAACUUGCAUUGAUGAAAUCAUGAGAUGCAUCCAUCUAGAAUUACUGUGUGUUCAAGAAAAUGUAGAUAUCCGACCAACCAUGGAUUCAGUUGUUUUCAUGCUCAAUUGCAACUCCGUCACUCUACUUGUACCGUUGCAGCCUGGAUUUUUGCUGCAGAGCAAUACCUCAAACUUGCCACAGCAUCUUGAUGAUCACACAGAAGGACCACACCAUAGUCUAUCUGAGAGCUUUUAUGUUGAAGAAGAAUCGGGAAAUCAGUAUUCAGCUAUUGAUAUUCAAGCUUACUAG